AUGGCGCAACCAAUGAGUGUCGCCCUUGAUAGGGGCGAUCCUCGUCUGCACGAGAAAGAGCGGGACGCCCUUGAUGCCAUUGAUGCCCUUGAUGCCCUUGAUGCCAUUGACUACGGCACCGGCACGACUGCUGUGCGUCCGCAGCACCGCAAGUUGCAUGAUUCGAGUGUUACCUUCGAGGAGUACUACUACUACGCCCAACUGACCCGUGCCGAAGAAGAUCAGCAUCCCAGCGGCGACAAGGAACGGGGAUGGCUGUCCAUCAUCUUCCCCUCCAAGUCGGACAAAGGCAUCCAGCAGGUGACCGAGAACACCUCCAAAGAUGCCACCACUCUCAACACAAGCGAUGCAGCGGCCCGAUUGACCAUCACCGACGAGGAAUGGACCAAUGCCUCCCGGGCGCUGCGGACGGCGACCCGCGGUGCCAUCUUCUAUCUGAUCACCACCGACAUUCUGGGUCCAUUCGGUCUGGGUUAUGCCUUUGCGACUAUGGGAUGGGGUCCCGGGAUUGCAUUGUACACGGUCUUUGGUGGCCUCGCCGCCUAUUCGGGCUAUCUCCUCUGGGAAGCGUUCAUGGGUCUCGAUUCGUACCAGUUCCCCCUGCGCAGCUUCGGCGAUCUCGGUUUCCGUCUGUAUGGCCGGUGGAUGCGAUACCUCUUCAACGUCCUGCAGAGCAUCCAGCUGCUGCUGAACGUCGGUCUGAUCGUCAUCUCCAACGGUGAGGCGCUCUACCAGGUGUCCAAGGGCAAGCUGUGCUUCAUCAUCUGCUGCCUGGUGUGGGCGCUGCUGGGCUUCUUCGUCGGCCAGAUUCGUACGCUCCAGAAGUUCGGCUGGCUCGCCAAUUCGGCCGUCUGGCUCAACCUCAUUUGCAUGUUCAUCACCAUGGGGGGCGCGGCCAACGCGCCCCCAAACUACGCGGCCGCCUCGUCGUCGGCGGGCGCUGCCAUCAACAAGGACCUCAUCACACCGGUCAAUGGCGUCUACCCUCCCGUUCGCACGUCCGGCGGCCUGCCUGAGGCUGGUGGCGACUUUACUGGCACGCUCAAUGGCGCCAUGCAAGCCGUGUUCGCUUACGGAGGGGCCAUGGUGUUCCCGGAAUUCAUGUCGGAGAUGAAGCGGCCCAAGGACUUUCUGACGGGCAUGUGGGCGGCUCAGGCCUUCAUCUACUUCUGGUACAUGUUCUACGGCCUGUUCAUGUAUGGCUACCAGGGCCAGUACAACGUCAACCCCAGCUACCUGGGUAUCAGCUCGUACAACAUCCAGACGGCCGGCAACGUCUUUGCCAUGGUCAGUGCGGCCAUUGCGGCGGGUUUGUAUGGCAACAUCGGCCUGAAGGUCCUGUACAACCAAAUCUUCGUUGAGCUCUUCCGCUGCCCGCCUCUGACCACCCGAGGCGGAAAGUUGUUGUGGGCAAUCCUGGUCCCCGUCUACUGGGGCAUCGCCUUUGCGCUCGCCGCCGGUAUUCCCAACUUCUCCGGUCUGACCUCGGUGGUUGCUGCCUUUUGCAUUCUGCAAUUCACCUACACCUUCCCGCCCCUUCUCGCGGUGACGUACUGGGUGAAGCGCGCCGCCCUGAGAGACGGCGAGGGCUUCGAUCCCGCUACGGGACACACCGUCCGCCACGACCACGGCAUCCGGCGCUUCUUCCGGGGAUUCUUCGCGCAGAGACCCAAGGAACUGGCCAUGAGUGUGUUCAACAUCUUCUACUGCUUGGGUGCAUUGGCGUUGGCCGCCCUGGGUGCAUAUUCGGCUAUUGAGGGUCUGAUUUCCGCAUUUGCUGAGAGCUCGACAACCUCGUACACCUGCACAAUUGCUAUAUAA